AUGUAUGGCGUCCAGGUGAAGAAUUUGAAACAGGUCGUGCUGGAAGCAAAGAUGAUAACUGUGGACGGCCGGGUCAUACCAUACUCAAUAAAGAAACUCAAGAUUAAGAAGAAAUCGAGCUUAAAGAAACUCCCUAUUAGUAUUGUAAUGGAGCAACCCGAAGUGGAGAAGGGCUGUGGCAGCUCGGAAUACGGAGCACAACUUACAAGAAAUAGAAGUUUCAAAUCGAAGCAACUAGUCCGAAGUCAAGCGAUACGUGAAUCAACGUCGCCGCCACGAACAGUUUCACCGUUAACGAACGAAACUCACGUGAACAAUGAAAACACGCUCGAGAAGACUUCAAACAGUGAAAACUCUAGUCACACCGACGGAUGUACUGUUAUCAGUAGUGAUAACAAACAACCGGUUGAAAUACAGAUAACGUCCAACUCGUGGGAAGAAGGUGCAAGUGACCAGCGUCAGCGGACCCGUCGCUGGCUUGGUCACAGACACCAUUCGGAUUCAACCAGAGACCUUCUGACCCACGGGCCGAGGGUCGCCUGCGUCUGUGGGGCCUGCGAGUGUCCACAUUGCAGAGGUCGCAGAAGAAGACACGCGUGUCCAACGAAACAGGAUUCUGGCAUUGUCUGUUCAGACGACUGUCCUGAUUGUACGGACUCAGAACAUGCGGGUCCCAAUGGUGACGGUGCUAGGAUGUCUGGAAGUCUUGACAGUGAUGACCAGGCAUAUUACUGCAGAUGUAUCGAUCGCAAGGACAAGCCAAAGAGUAUAUCCAUAGGUGGCAAUGAAUUUGAAGAUAAAACAGAUUUAUCAGGUCCGGAGCUGGUGGCAUUCAUCAAGGAAACAUUGAACAAGAAUCCAAGAGAUCGAGCAACUUUAUUGAGGAUUGAAAAGGAAUUACACGGUCUAGUUACAGACAAUAGCGCCCUCCCCAGUCGUUGCAUUGUCCGCUUCCCGGUGAUGACGUCAUACGGCCGUAUGCUGGUGCAUCGGUGCGCAGCGCUCUUCCAACUAGCCCACCAUCUCGACCACUCAAACAAGAACUCUGUGUUGGUAUCAAAAAGCGGUACGUGUGGAGGUCGCCUGCCCUGUACGUCGUUCCGUGAGUGGUGCACUACUGUGUUCCCGAGAUCACCCACACAUGAAGACACACUUGCCAAGUCUAUUUUAAAGCGUUGUUCUGGGCCACCUGGAACAUCUAACUCUGCAGCGGGUAGAAGCAAGUCAUUGGAACAAAGAGAGAGGGAUUAUGAAAGAGUUAGAAGAAGGAUUUUCAGCACGGAUAAUUGCACCCAGGAUGAAACACAAUGGCCGUGGCUGUCAUCGGGACCUGUUAAAUUACUAACACCGGAUACUGGGAGGAAUAAAUUGUUGAAGGUUCAUUCCUUGGAGUCCAAAUCUCCCGGUCGCGGCGUGGUGUCUAAAAGUCAUAGCUUCGGAGGAUACACGGACCCACAGCAAAGGGUGCUCAGUAGACAGGGCGACCUCGCGUCUUCAAGCUGGCGUCUCUCUCCGUCAAGCUCCGGAUACAAGACACUCAGUUUAAGAAGCACGGAUUCGGUCACACCGUCACCUACAGGCGGUGCUAGUCCGGAGCCCGGGCCCCCUUCUCUAUGUGUCCCGGGGGCCUCCGGGGCCCUCGUCUGGGCCGUCACUGAUAUGGCUGCCGUCCCGCCCGGGGCUUUAGUUAUACAUCCACAGACCGGACGUCCCCUCACCAACCCGGACGGCAGUCUGUACCACUUCGACCCCGAGAACCCGCCGCUGUUAUAUGACAACACACACAAACAGACAGACAAGAUCGACGUGAACACGGAGAAAAGACGCGGGAAAUUGGAAAAACAGAAUUCGUUCAUAGAUAAUGAAUGCGAAUACGAUACAAAUCGUGAAAAGCGUUGUGACUGCACUCAAGAUAACGAUAAAGUACAGCAAAAACCAAAGACGCCCUCAAUACCGCCGAGUCCGAAUAAAACAAGAAAAACAUAUGAAGAACAAACAACAACACCGAAUACACCCGAACCGAACGGAAAUAUACAAAACGAAGCCGUCGAAAUAAAACAAGCGUUUGAAAACAUUAAAAUAACACAAAAAUCACCGAACAAAGAAAAGAAAGAUAUUCAAAUGGAAACCAUCAAUCAGAUUCAGUCGAGAUACGAAUCAGCCAAUCAGAACGCAUCAUUACCUAGAUUCGAAUCACCCGCCAAUAAUACGCCGUCAGUACAAAGAUUCGAAUCACCGGCCAAUCAGACGGCGUCAAAUCAAUCGCAGAGAUUUGAAACGGCCAAUCAGAUGCAGCAGAUUCAAAGAUUCGAUUCGCCAGCCAAUCACGUGCAGGCUAUCCAAAGAUUCGAUUCCCCCGCGAAUAACAGACAGUAUGACAGAUACGAUGUUUGUAAUAAGAGUUUGGAAAAUAGGAAUUUUGAUAAUCAAAGGAAGAUUCUUGAAGAAGUUUAUCAUGAGACUUACGUGCCAUAUAAGAAUGAGGAGGCGCCACAGAUGAUGGUGAAUUACCAACCGGAAAUGACGGAGAUGCAGGUGAUGCAGGCAAAGAUGACGCCAGUUCCGGUACAGGAUAAUAUGCGUGGAGUUGCCGUCCCCAAUCACCCAGGGUAUUACCAGCCGAUGCAGAACUAUCAGUACAUGCCUUGCAGAGUUGAGCAGCCGAUACAACAUCUGCAGCCACAGAUGUACCAGCAGAUGACUGAGGAUCAGAAACAGAUGACGCCCUCGCCUCACAACGAGAACACGUUUAGAAUCGAUCCCAGCUAUCCAUAUUUGACGGACUUUAAUAAUGCUUGUGGCGCCUGUGACCCGGCUCAAGCUAGAGGAUACAACGUCCAGUACCAACCAGAGCCUGUCAUGUACCCCAACAUGUUGAUGCAGCCGAUGCAGCAGUAUCCUUACCAAGAACAAAUGCAAGUACAAUGGCAGAAUGUAGCAGCCGUAGCUCCAAAAGUAGUGAUGCACGACGUGUACCCGAUAGUGUACCCCAGCGUGUACCCAAACGUGUACCCUCCAUACAACAUAGUGUACCCUCAGGUGUUACCACAAUAUCCCAUGCAGCAGUUCCAGGACAGACGUAAGAAGAGAUACGAGCGAGAUACGGAGAUAGCCAUGAAGAUACAACAGAUUAAACAACAGGUGGAUAUGAUGGGCGGAGACAGGAGGCGGAACAGUGGCGGCGGAAUACUGGGGAAUGCGCCGGGCAGAGUCGGUACCAGGUCCGAUGAUAAUCAGCUGAGUUCAGCGGCUCGAGCCAUCGUCAAUUCUAUAAGGAACAUGCAGGCUAAAAACCAAUUCCACGAGUCCCGACGCUCCCCUCCACGCCCUGAGCGACCUGAACAAAGGAGACGAACAGCGGGCCCGGUCUAUAGACAGAUGUCCCCAGGCGCCUGGUGUCGCUCCCCAGCUCCGAUGCCGCAAACCUUCAGCCAACCUCGCCGGCCCAACCCGGAAAACAGAAACGCUCGUCGUUAA